AUGAUCCCACGACACUGUUUACGCGCGCGAACGUUGCCAGCAGCUCUGACUCUCGCUAUCCUUCUUACCUGGACAUUAACAAGAUGGCGACCAAGUCAGCUCCCGCCCGGUCCGGAUAUCACCCCCAACUUCUGGCGAGACUUACACGAGUUACUGGAAGAAUACAAACCCCCCACACUAGCUAUCGUCGAGCACGAGAAAGCACCAACACAAGGCUUCGACGCACACAAUGCCCCGCCACGCCCAGAUACCCUCUCCAUUUCACCAGAAGACAUCGCCAAAAUGAAGCAAGCGCAUACCGGCUUCCUGUCCGCUCUCGCCAACCCUCCAAAACCACCUUACACCCCCAACACAAGAGGCAUAGUCUCAACAGCAGGCGGCUUCUACCUCCCCGUGCUAGUAAUAUCCCUCCGCAUGCUGCGUCGAACAGGCUCCACCCUCCCAAUGGAAGUAUUCCUGGCCACAGAAUCAGAAUACGAACCCUACAUCUGCGCCGUAGUCCUACCAUCCCUAAACGCACGCUGUGUAAUCCUCUCGCGCAUCCUCUCGGCGUCACCAACAACAAUCGAAAAAUACCAAUUUAAGCCCUUCGCCAUUCUCUUCUCCUCAUUCGAAGAAAUCCUCUUCCUAGACGCCGACGCCUUCCCCCUCGAAAAUCCUGAAUCCCUAUUCACCUCAGAACCCUUCACCUCCACCGGCCUAAUAACCUGGCCCGACUUCUGGGCCUCCUCCAUCUCCCCGCACUUUUACACAAUCGCCGACUUCGAAGCUCCGCUAAUGACAACCCGCCAAUCAACGGAGUCGGGCGAAAUCCUCCUCUCAAAAAGAACACAUCUCCGCACCAUCCUGCUCUGCACUUACUACAACUUCCACGGCCCAACACACUACUACCCGCUCCUCUCGCAGGGUGCCGCAGGCGAAGGCGACAAAGAGACCUUCCUAGCCGCGGCAAUGGCAACCCGCGAACCCUUCUACCAAGUCAGCGAGGCGCUGUGCGCCCUCGGCCACGAGACGCAGGGCGGAAUGGCUGGCUCGGCCAUGGCGCAGUUCAAUCCCGUGCAGGACUUCGAGUUGACGCGGCAGGGCGUGUGGCGUGUGCGUGGGGAUGAGGGACCUGCGCCAGAGGUGUUUUUUGUGCAUGCUAAUUUCCCCAAGUUUAAUCCUGCCACUGUUUUCGACGACCAUGAGGUUAAUCCGGCUUUUACGGAUGAUGGGAGGUAUACGCGGGCUUGGACGAUUCCUGGGGAUGUUGUUGCGCGGUUGAGGUUCAAUGGGAGGGUUGAUGUGGAGAGGGUUUUUUGGAAGGAGAUUCUUUGGACGGCUUGUGAGCUUGAGGAUAAGUUUGAGAGUUGGGUUGGGUUGGUUGGGGUCUGUGAGGGGGUCAGGGAUUAUUGGAAGGCGGUUUUUGGGGGGUGA